AUGAUGAUGCGAUUAGGAUUGUUGACUACUACUACUACCGUAUUGCUCUUGGCAACGGUCCAUCAGGUGUCUCCUCAGGCAGUGGAUCCUGGUAUUUGCGCUGCCGAUGGGGAAGACCGGUUUUCGUGUCAAGUGGAAUCGUCCAUGACGUUGCAAUUGGGUCCCGACCAGACCGUGACCAAUUCCAUUGCGGCGUCCAUCAAUUGUUUGUUGGAUGAUCAAGUUGGUUUGAACUUUCAAGAAUCGGAAGGCUGUACGUGUGCCGCUACUGUUACGGAUGGUGCCACUGGAGCCACCCGCACAUGUGGAUGUGGCGUCUGUCCCCAGGGUGCCCAAGGAGCCGUGUCGAUCAAUUGUACCGGCGUGGAAAAUGCUGGACCGUGUCCAUUUCUCGGAUGCGAUGGAUCCUGUGCGGGAGGACCCGGGGGAUCGUCGAACCUCGGGGCCACACCGGAACCGGCCGCCACUCCGGCACCCACUUCUUCCAGUAGAAAAUUCGUAGCGUGGAAUUUUUCAACAAAAACUGUUUACUUUAUACACUUGGUUUUUUGUGGUGGCCUCGCGGACGGUCAGAAUGAUUUCAACGAAUUGAAUCGAAUCGAAUCGAACCGAAUGACCACGCCAGUAAUCCUGACCAGUAGAACGGCUCAUACGGCACUUGCAGUCGCGGCCAAAGAGAAAAAGACCCAAGUGACGCUCAACUUUUGCUUUGCCGCCAAACAAGAAGUCAAACGUGCAGAAUUCAUUCCAUCGGAGUGCCAUGGCCAGUCACUGUUCGCUCCCACCUUCUUACGAGGAGGCUCGUACUCGAACUCCAAGACGGCUGCACAGUAA